AUGGAGAUUCCUGCUAACAUCAGUGAAGACAAAACCAGGGGUCAGCUGCGGAACGGACCAUCAAUUGCUUGUGUACAAGUUCAAGGUUGCAAUAGCUUUUUAAAAGAACUGCUUGAGGUUAAGUUCUUGAUUGCUCUUCUGGAAAGAGUUCCUCAAACCCAGUCAUCUCGCCAUGGAGCCUCCCCCAUUUCAGAAAAACUUCCAAAGGAUUCAUCUGAGUGCAAGAUAAAGGACUGUUCUAGGUGGCUGACAGAGGACUCAGCUUCACGGAAGAUUGUCCCUGAGAAUUCAUCAGGAAACUCACGUUCAUACUAUUCUGUCUCUUAUAAACCAAAAUGUAAUCAGCUCUUCUAUGGCCUUCCUUCUCUGCACAGUGAGUCCCUGAAGACCACUGCCUGGGUCUCUAGGAGCUCUUACACAUCACCAUCUCCCCCUAUUUUAUUCAACAGAAUAUCUAAUGGCUGUCCAGUCCAAGUAUCCCCACUGUUAUCUCCACCCCAGCCCUUGUCCCACACUGAGCCCCAGCCCCGACGAUUUAUUCUAACCACGCCCCAAACCCAGAUCUUCCCUCUGUCUCCAGUCCUCACCCAGGCCCACCGCAUAUCCUCUUUGCCAAUCCCACCACCACCUUCUACAAGCCAAAUGGGGACUUAUGGAAUAUCUUGUCCCAUAGGCCAAAGUGAGGCACAAUCUCUUGUAACUGAAAUUCAACGUCCAGAACCAUCCUUGUUGGGAAAGCAGCUGGAAAGUAAGAAGACUUUACCCUCUGUGAUGAAAAGGUCUAAAGAAGCAGCUAGUCCUCUCAGCCCUGAACUUCCCCAGUACAACUGGGCCUCUGAGGUUCACAGACCAGACUCUAUCCAUCCUAGGCAGGAUUCUAGCAGAACUGAGUUCCAUAAACUUCUGAAACAACACUUUCAAAAGACAUCCACUCAACACCAGGAGAGCCUGCCUAACAUGAUCCUAGAGACUCCAAAACUUACACAGCUUCAGGGAAAAUUACCAGGACCAUGUCAGGCAAAGGAUCAACAUGGGCCCUCAUGGCCUUCUGUGUUUAUAGGUGACAGCAGAACAGAUGUAAAGAAGAUGAGAUCCUGUCACCAAGAAAGCUGUGAUGUGAGGAACCCAGAGGAUUUCCAGCUAGGGAAAGUUCUGGAAAAUAGUCUGGGGGAAAUCCCCAAACAUAGUAUGUCCCAGGGUUCAGAAACAUGCCCAGUGAAAGUUCUGCAGACAAGAGCUGAGGCUGUGUUCCAAGGACAAAAUCUCCAGGUAGGCUGUGGAGAGAAGGCAACAUCAAAUUGGUCAUCACCCACCGAUGAGAGAAAGCAUUUUAGAAGGCCAGAAGCAAAAGAACAUGAGAAAAGUUUGCCAGGACUGAGAACCACCCAAGAAAGUAGGAUGAGCCACUUACCUAUGAAGACUAGUGCCCAGAACAAGAGAUCAGCAGAGUCCCUUGGCAUCAAGCCCUCCCAGAUCUCAACAGAGAUACAAUGUGCUCUUCCAGAAGUUCACAUAAAGAAGACAAGUAAGUUUGUUCAAAGCAUUUGCCCUAAUCAUAAAGAAAAAGAGUAUGAUGAUCCUUUGCAUAAAGGAAAGCCCACUUCAAACUCUGUGUACAACCAUAAGCCAGCCAAAAGCAAGUCAAUACUUAUGGACAGCGGUGUUGCUGAGGCUCAGACACUUAUGACAGCUGUCAGUCAUAUCUUAGUAGAGAAACUUGGGCUUCAAGAAAAAUCUUGUGUCUCCAAAUUAAAUCAGACAAAAGAGAAAAUGCCGGAAAGAAUGAGCCUUGUUGGUGGGCACCCGUCCUCUCAAAUAUCUCACUCUUCCCCAGAACACAGAGGACAAACAAGUGACACAGUCUACAGAAACCAUGUCAAUCAGAUGGCCAGAAUCAGGCACAAAAUGACCCAUGAAGGGAAUAGAAAUCUCUACACAAUGGUGGGAUUCAACAUUAGGGACCGUGAGCCUGUGUCCCCAACCAAUCCUCACAAACAAGAGUCAAUGAUGGACUCAGGAGGCCCUCACCACUCAACCUUCUGCCAUCAGAACCAUUUUUCCUAUAAUCAACCAGAAAAUGCUUCUCAGGCCUUUUCUUGUAGGAAAAGUUUUCCCAUUCAAAGCAAAUCUGUUUAUCCUCAUUUUAGUACAUUCCCUAUGUGCUAA